GAAAAAUCAGCAAAGAAACAAGCAGUUUCCAGCACUGAAGCUUUCUGCAUUCAGGAUCUCAGCUCUAAAACUGAAGAUGUUAAAAUGAAGAAACCCUUUCUCCCUCUGGAGCAGUGCACAGCAGCCAUGACAUCUCUGGUCCUCUGUGGAAGGUACAUUGCAGCCUGCUGCUGAAUUGUUAUGACAUGUCUCUAGCAAUCAGGAAAAAAAGCUGGGAAGAACACGUGACCCAGUGGAUGGGAUUGGCUUUGGAGUCUGUGGAGUAUAAUACAGCAUGUCGUCACGGACUUGUAGCUGAUAACUUGCAAACAAGUAUGGAAAAGGAUGAAAUUUUGAGUGUGGACCAGAAAGAAAAAUGUGCUUCAUUUCCAGAACACUGUUAUAGUGCAGAGCUGAUUGGCUUCCCUGCAAAGCAUCUGGGAAAUGUUUCAAAGGAGGUGGAUGAAAAUGAUAACCAUGAGGAUGAGGAGCAUUUUCUGGAGGCCAGCACAGAAACUUUAGUCCAUGUGUCUGAUGACGAUGAUGACUCUUCGGCACUCAACAUGGAUAAUACUGAUUACCACACCACUGAUCUAGGAAGGGAACGAAAAGAUGAAGAAACAAAUUCAAAUGGAGCAGGCUCCUUAAUAGAGAUGGAACAAACAACAGAGAGUAACAAGGCAACUGAAGCAUCUGCAACAAUUGGAGAUAUAAAUAAAGAAUCUGCCCGUAACCCAGUUCCUAAAGAGGAGAUGGAAGAAGAUGAGAUUUGUGGCAGCGCUGGCCAAAGCCUGGAGCUUUGUAAUUGUGAAGGCUUAAAUGAAGUAGUAGAUGUAGAGAAAGAAGGUCUUUCUAAUUCUCCAAAUGUGAAAGAAAUUAUUAUGCCUGGGAAGCAGAUGCUUCAUACUGCUGCAGUUGCACAACAGCGCCGGAAAUCUGAUGCUUUUAAAGAUGGGCUUGGAAAGUCUGAGUCUAAUGUGGUAGAGUGUGGGAUUUCUUCUGAAUCAUGCACCAGCAGUGAUAGACAACUCUGCUCAGCACUGGAAUCCAGUGACUGUCUUAUGCAAUCUUCUCCUUUCUCUCUCAUCCCAGCAGUGGAAAAUGGUCUGUAUGAAAGUGGUUUCACAGAACCUCAAGUGGCCCCUGGAAACAAAUGCCUUUCAAAUGUUAGCUCAGCAGAAGACAUUCAGUGUUUACAUGUAAGGGAUCAUUUGACCACACAAGAAUAUCCAAACAGUCAAGUGAAACUGCGCAAAAGAAAGGAAGUAGCAGAGGAUCGGGAUCGAUCUCGACUGGAUUCAAUGGUGCUGUUAAUUAUGAAACUGGACCAGCUUGAUCAGGAUAUUGAAAAUGCUCUCAGUGCAGGCUCGUCCCCAACCAGCACCCCAACGUACAAGCGCAGGCAUAUACCUGAUGUUGAAUCUGGUUCUGAAAGUGGAGUGGAUGUUGCAUCAGUAAGUCACUCACAAACAAACUCGUCUCCUAACAUGCAUUCUCCUGAUCUGGCAUCUCCCUUUUCAACAGCCAGCUCUGGAGCUAAACCAAAGGCUGGGGCUAGGAGGUCAAAACUCUUCAACAUCAGCUCAGACCUGUGA